CGGUGCUCCAAUCUUUUUUUGCUUUUACUGUUAUUGGGUUCGAUUCUCUGGUUGUUCUUUUGAACGGGUUUCUCGAAAUGCAGUCAUGUGAUCUCUCAAAUUCCCGUUAAUGGGGGGGGGGGGGGGGCUUAGCUGGGGUUUGCAUAUUGGCAUUGUUUAUGGAAAAAGAAUAAUGAAAGCGUUUUUUUUUGUGGAAUUGGAAGGAAGAUAGGUUCAAUGGGCUGGAGGAGGAAGAUAUGCUCCUUGGGAUUGCUUCUUCUGGUGUGGAUUUCGAUGGUGGUGGCAGGCUAACUGGGACCUUAAAAGCUGUUUUCUUUUGAUGGGUUGAAUGAACUAAAGCAGGGUAGCAAUGGGCAGCUUGAGCGAGGAAGAAUUCCGGUUUUUCGAUGCUGCUGAUGACAUUGCAUCGACAAUCUCUGGUGGCAGUAGUGACAUCUUUGAUUGCCAGCAGAGUUUGGGAGAUAUCAAUUCAGCUGCCUCUAGCCCUCGUUAUGCAUUGUGGGCCGACGCCCCCAAAAGUGUGGAGGAACGACGAAACAUGUUUUUGAAGUGGAUGGAAGUUGAAGGUUCAUGCCCAGAUGGAGAUUUGCCCAGUCCAGGAGGAAGCGGGAUUAAUAGAAUGAUUGAAAGUAGUGGGGCUGUGUUGAGGAACUCUUGUUAUGAAGGCGAGUUUUGUUCGACAAGGUCUUCAAGUUCCAUUCUUCUGGAGGAGUUGGGCUCGGCUCAAGAGUUAGUAGGUAGAGAUGGGAAUUCAGGCGGAGGGCUGGCUUCUAAUGUAGAUGAAAGUCAUGACCUUUAUUCACCAUAUUUAGCAAGAGCUAGGGAAUGUAGUAGUAAAGCUUCUGGCUCAUUGCCUUCUUCACUUCUUCAGCUUCAGCCGAACUGUGAGAGAUCCAAUGAUAGUAGCACAAGCAGCAGCACAGCUUCCAAGGCAGAUAAAAAACGGUGGUUGAGCAGGUUGAGGUCAAUGGCAUGUGCUGUGGAUGGAAGAACACAGGCUGAGAGGAUGAGCCAUUCGGUUGAUGAUUCACUUUUGUAUAGGACACGGAGGGUGAAAGUUAGGCAAUCUGGGAAGCAAGUAAAGGAGCUCUCUGCACUCUAUAGUGGGCAAGAUAUCCAGGCUCACAGGGGCUCGAUCUUGGCGAUGAAAUUUAGUCCAGAUGGGCAGUACCUGGCAAGUGCUGGUGAAGAUGGGAUCGUGAGAGUAUGGCAAGUUCUUGAAGAUGAUCGAUCGAAUGAACGUGAUAUUCCAGAAAUAGAUCCUUCAUGCAUCUACUUCACUGUGGAUCAUUUAUCCGAGUUGAAACCCCUCAUUAGUAAUCAAGAGAAGACGGUUAAAAUGAGGAGUUUGAGGAAGACAUCUGAUUCUGCUUGUGUGAUUUUCCCUCCUAAAGUUUUCAGAAUAUUGGAGGACCCAUUGCAUGAGUUUGUUGGUCACAGUGGAGAUAUCUUGGACUUGUCAUGGUCAAAUGAUAGUCAUUUACUGUCGGCUUCAGUUGACAAAACUGUUCGUCUAUGGCAAGUAGGAUGCAAUCGAUGCCUUGGGAUCUACUCACAUAGCAACUACGUUACUUGUGUUCAGUUUAAUCCUGGGGAUGAUAAUUACUUCAUGAGUGGUUCCAUAGAUGGGAAAGUUCGGAUUUGGGCAAUUUCUGGUUGCCAAGUUGUUGACUGGGUCGACAUUAAAGAAAUAGUUACAGCAGCUUGUUAUCGUCCAGAUGGGCAGGGAUUGAUUGUUGGCUCAAUGACAGGCACUUGCCGCUUGUAUAAUAGGACUGACAAUCGCUUGCAAUUGGAUGCACAAGUGUGCUUAAACACCAAAAAGAAGUCACCUGGAAAAAGAAUAACUGCCUUCCAGUAUUCCCCACAAGACUCGGACAAGGUAAUGGUGAGCUGUGCCGAUUCACAAGUCAGGAUACUGAAAGGGCUCAAUGUGAUUGCCAAAUACAAAGGCUUGAGGAACACUGCGAAUCAUGUAUCUGCACGGUUUACUUCAGACGGAAAGAAUAUAAUAUCAGCUUGUGAAGAUGCCAAUGUUUAUAUGUGGGAUAGUUUUGGCUUGGAAGACUCAUUCUGCCCAAAUGGUAAAAACAUCAAGUCUUGUGAGCGGUUCUCUGCUGAUGCAUCGGUUGCACUGCCUUGGUCUGGUUUCAAGAAGUCUUGGAACUCGGAAAAUGGAGAAUCUCUGCCUUUUUCUUCGCCUGCAAGUUUCAAUCUGGGUCAAGAAUACUACCUCGAGUCCUAUCCCAAAGGUUCAGCAACCUGGCCAGAGGAAAAGCUUCCAAGAUCAAGCCCUUCAUCAGCCACGCCAUUAGCAUCGAUGCAUAAAUCCCAGUACAAGUUUCUGAAAGCUUCAUGCCAGAGCACUGCUGGCUCUCAUGCAUGGGGUCUUGUCAUUGUGACUGCAGGGUGGGAUGGCAGGAUUCGAUCUUACCACAGUUACGGCCUUCCAGUUCCAACCUGAGAUUGUUCUUGGUUUUCCGGAGGAUCAACCUGGUGUUCACUAUCUCAGGCGUGGAUGCAUUAUGCUCGAAUCUCGAUGCUCAGCUGGGCCCAUGUCUGAUGAAUGCUUAGGCAUGACAAGUGGUGGGGUAUGGUUGGCUGCAAACAUAGACCUACUUGGGAAUGGAUUUUUCUCAUUCGUCAACUAAUGGAAAGAUAUGCAGAGGUCAUGUCUUAAGAAGAGGAGAGGCCAGUAUUAGAUACAUUAUUCUUCUUUAUCCAUAUUGGAGGCAGGUCGUGGGUCAGCCACUUCACAACAAGAUGAGGGGUAUCAAAACCUGGUGGCUGGAGUUCGUUUUAGGGGCAGGAAAUGGUGGGGGUUAGGGAGCUUCUCACCAUUACAACAUAUAUUGGCGGUUCUGAUAUGAAUGAUUGAAUUGCUCUUGUCUGCCAUUUCUUGCUUUCAGGGUAGGGUAUAUGCUUCACCUGACCGGUGGGGGCAUCAAUUUUGAGACGUCAGCAUCUACUUGACUUCUUAUCGAUCCAAACCAUCGCUCGAAGUCCAGCUGAUGUCGAACCAGUAUCAAAUUUUUUGGAUGUUGCUUUGAAAGAGUUGAUGAUCUCUGUAUGUGUUUAUUUUCCUCCCUCUUUUUGCAGUUCCUGCUCUUGCUCACAGGAUUUUUGUACAUGUAUCUUUGUAUUCUUAAGCUUAUUCUAAACCCCCUCCCCUUUCAUUCUUCUUGGAUUAGGAUUAGCGAUAUCGAUGUCCAUCCUGUUUUCUGGAGAAAGUAUGAAGAGAUGAAAUUUGCCUUCAUGCCUGAACAUGUAGUUCUGGGCAGCAGAUGUUUUAAAGGUUUGUCCUUUGGUGUAAAUUGUAAAUGAUCUGGAAAGGAGAAGAAAAGGAAAAAAAGAAAAAGAGUUGUGAUCACCAUUUUGGCUAUGUAAACUCUUCUGUGUUGUGGUUGGAUUCUUUAACUUGUAACUAUCCUGGGAAAGUUUCCAGUAUCUGGUUCAUCAAGUUUCCAGCUUUCUAGUUACUGUAUUUUGUAGUUUUGUCAUUUACACCAAAAUCAGGUACCUCAUGGAUUUUCUCUCCAGAAAGUACCCCUGCAACUUUCUGCUGAC